AGCAGCAGGGCUGCCCUGACGCGUCCAUGUGGCUGCUGCUGGUGCUGGCCUUGGCGCUGCUGCCGGGGGGGGCUCAGGGCACCGCCGGGGCCGGAGCCUCACGCGGGAUGCAGCAGAAGGAGCUGGAGGUGCCCGGGCAGCAGCAGCAGCGCUCCCGGGCUGCGUGUGCCUCCGCAGGCUGCGGGGCGGUGAAGGGACCCGGCACCGUCGGGGGGUUCCUGGGGGAUUCCCUGUCGGUCACCUGCACCUACCGGCCGGGCUGGGAGAAACUGCCGAAAUUCUGGUGCGUCCCAAGUAGACAGGUUGUUUUUACCUGUGAUAAGGACAUCGUCCUCACCUCGGAGUCGCAGCCCGUGGUGGAGCGGGGCCGGUUCUCCAUCCGGGACAACCGCACACAGCGGGCAUUCACGGUGACCGUGCACGGUCUGUCCGAGGAGGACGCGGGCACCUUCCGCUGUGGAGUGCGAACGGAAAGGCUUCUGCGUGAUGAGAGUGCUGCUGUGAAGGUGAUCCUGCUCUCAGCAGCAGUGACCCCCACGCCGCGGGACCGGGGCCAGACUGCGGGAGGAGGUUUCACCCCGAGCGUGACAGGAGCACUGUGCCCGUCUGGCCCCCGCUGCAUCCAUCCUUCCUCCGCCUCCGCAGCCCCGACGCUCCCUCCGGACGCUGCGCCGGGGCCCCGCGGCACUUUCCGCUACUUCCCCGUGCUGGCCGGGCUGCAGCUGCUGGCGCUGCUGGCCAUGAGCGCGGCCGUGCUCUGGGUCAGCCUGCGGCUCCGCUGAG